GAGGACCGCGCGUUGUGCUCGUGCAGCGUUGCCGGCUUCGCGGGCUUGCUUGUCAGCGUGAUGGCGCUGGACAUGUCCGGCAAGGUUCAGCCCACCCGCGGCGAGCGCUUCUGGGGCGUCGCCAUCCCCGUCAGCGGGUCUCUGGCAGUCGGCACCUCGACGGCCUGCAGGCUGAUGGGCAAGGUCCAUGGCCAGUUGGGCAUGGCGCCCUGGCCUGCGUGCCUGCUGCUGUUCCUCACCAUCGCGGGUUUUACCACGGUGCUGGUGCGUGGGGACAGGGACGCCUACCCGUCGCGGAAGCCGUGACAGCGGUUUUGCUCGGCGUGCUUGUUUCUUGUUCCUCACAUUUUGCGUUUUCGCGAGUUGCGCUCAUUGCAGCGUUUGCCGGUCGAAUCCCAACAUGCGUCGGUCCCUGGACUGUGGUAACUUGGACCAGCGCACAUGCACAUACAUGCUUUAGUGAAUCGCCUCGGUUAUUGGGCACCUGGUCGUCUGGAGCAGCCCGUCUGAGCGUUGCGUGGCCCGCUGCAGACCUCUUAUCCCCCCCACCAGCAGCCUGCGUCGAUCUCCGACUCGGCUCACUUGUGACCAGCUGGCGCAGGAAGAAGAGCUCCUCAUCAACGGACUCUUCAUCCCUUGCCUGCCCCCCUGCUGCUGUUCCUCCCUGGGAGGCC